CCGGAGCGAGAAGAUGGCGAAGACUUACGAUUAUCUGUUCAAGCUGCUGCUGAUCGGUGAUUCAGGGGUGGGCAAGACCUGCCUCCUGUUUCGCUUCUCUGAGGACGCCUUCAACACCACCUUCAUCUCCACCAUCGGAAUUGAUUUUAAAAUCAGAACGAUAGAACUAGAUGGAAAGAAAAUUAAGCUUCAGAUAUGGGACACAGCGGGCCAGGAAAGAUUCCGAACAAUUACAACAGCGUACUAUAGAGGAGCCAUGGGAAUUAUGCUGGUCUAUGACAUCACAAAUGAGAAAUCCUUUGACAAUAUUAAAAACUGGAUAAGAAACAUUGAAGAGCAUGCCUCUUCAGAUGUUGAAAGAAUGAUCCUGGGUAACAAAUGUGAUAUGAAUGACAAAAGACAAGUAUCAAAAGAAAGAGGGGAGAAGUUAGCAAUUGACUAUGGGAUUAAAUUCUUGGAGACAAGUGCAAAAUCCAGUACAAAUGUAGAAGAGAAUGACAGCAAUUCAUCGGGGGCAGGGGGACCAGUGAAAAUAACAGAAAAUCGAUCAAAGAAGACCAGUUUCUUCCGCUGUUCGCUACUUUGAUGAACUCAUUCUGAGAGACUGCAGCACACCUAGAGGAACCUUUCCUGCUUCUCUGAAAGCACAGGUCACCCAGCCUCAGAAUUACACCGCCCGGCUGCUGCUGAGAGCAUCACUGAACCUGACCUCUCAACACAAAAUGCCAAGUGGACUCGGCCUCAGGGCCUAGCAAAAUAACAGGCUCCUUUUUUCAAACACGGAAGCAGUGAAGUGGAGACACAUGUGGGACUUACCUUGUUUUUCCUUUGUUUUAUUGCCUAUUGCAGAAGCUGCUAUCUUUCUUUUCACUUUGCAUAUCAGUAUUAGCUGUUCCCUUUUAACAACACAGUCUUAGACUCGGAUGUGCACAGUUUUGUCUCAUGAAAUUCUAGACAGAUUUGUGCGUUUGGUAAUGUUUAAAAGAAGAGUAGAACAUUUAAAGCAGAAGUUAAUAUACUAAAAUUAAAGAACAUUUGGUCCACUUCUUAUGGCCUUAUGUUAUUGCAUUGGUAGCAUUUAUUAAAGGUUUCUGGUUUGUGAUUUUCUUAAAUAAGAAUCAUUAAACUCUGGUGAGAUUUGUUUUAAAAAUUCAUAAAAAUGGCAUCUCUUCACCAGAGGCCACAUUUCUUUAUUUCUUGAGAUUGUUUAGAGCUUUGCUUCAUUCCAGACCUCUUUGCCACAGAGCAUCUGGGUAGCUAAAGGACUCACUAUUUUAAGUUGUUUACCUCUGCCCAAUCUUUAGAAACUGCAUUUGGAAAUCUCCUUCAUCUCACUUUUUCUAGGAUUUGUAUUUACUGUCCUUUCCUGUGUUUGA